UUCCAACCCUGUCAGCCUAAAUGGGGCCCUGUUGUACAUCUUCUUGAAGGACACUCGGACUAUGUUCGCUGUUGUGCCUUCUCGGGCGAUGGACAGCAUUUGGUUUCUGGCUCUGACGACGGUUCCAUAUGCACUUGGAACACAGCAACAGGAAAAAUGCAACACAAGAUCUCAGCUUUCAACCACUAUGUGUAUCUUAUCGCUUUGUCUUCCAAGGGACUUCUGGCUGCAUCAGAUGGCAGAAACCUCAAGAUUUGGAAUACCAACACAAAUACGCUCGUGGAGAUACCCGAUGGUAUAAAUUUAUUGGGAACUAGCCGUCAAGUAGAUGACUUGGCUUUUUCACCUGACGGAAGCUUGCUAGCAGUGGCAUCAUCCGCCCGGGAGAUUUAUAUAUGGGACUGCAAGUCCGCCACAACGAUGGCCAUUCUUAGCGGCCAUACAGAUGAAAUCUGUGGGCUUUCAUUUUCUCAUGAUGGCUUAUUUCUAGCAUCCAGUUCGAGAGAUCGAACAGCCAGAAUAUGGACCGGACCUUGGGAGGGCCAUGAUAAAAAGCCAUUGUUGACAUUAACGGAACACUCUGGGGCUGUGUUUGGUCUGUCAUUUUCCCCGUCUCAAAAGCUCCUCGCUACUUGUUCGGAAGAUGGCCUAAUCUGUCUUUGGGAAGGGAAAACUGGCAUCCUUCGGCGGGAAAUUCGUGGCCAUGAAGAUUUCAUCAGAUGCAUCAACUUCUCACAAGAUUCCAAAGCCCUCGUUUCGACAUCUGAUGACGAAACUGUACGAGUGUGGGACGCAUAUGAUGAGAACAGAUCACUUACACUGAGGGGCCAUGAAAGUUGGGUGAGAUGCGCAAUAUUUUCGCCAGAUGGGCAGUUUGUUGUAUCUUGUUCUGACGACAGGACGUUACGUGUGUGGGAUCUCACAGCUACGAUCAAAGAUGAAGAUGAGGAAGAGGUGGUCAGUAGUCAAGUACUCCAAGGACAUGAUGACUACGUCAUGUGUGCCACAUUCUCCCCUGAUGGCAAAUACCUCGUGUCUGGUGCAAAUAAUGGCCAGAUAUUGCUAUGGGACUUCUCAAAGGCUCAUCAGAAGUUACCAUUGACAUAUAAGGUCGUGCAAAACGCAGACUACGACCCAAUAUCUUCAUUGGCGCUGUAUAUAAUAACGGGUAUAGGCCCAAUCCUCAUUGAAGGCAUGAUGGACAAUAAAAAGGUCCAAAUCCAGCCUACAAGCUGGAGCCCUUUUGGCUUCAGUUCUGGCUGGUUUGAUGAAUCGGAUGACCCUGAAGAGAGAUGGAUCACCUGGAUGGGGAAAAAGUUGAUUCUUCUGCCAAAAAUACAUCGCCCAACUUGGACAACCGCUCAUGGGCACACUGUUAUAAUUGGAUGUCAAUCGGGACGAUUACUAUACUUCAAGUUUAAGGAAGAUGCAGACUUUCGAGAUCAUUUCGGAUCUCAGUAG